AUGCUGCCGCUCACGUGCUGCGCCAUAGCGAGGACGACACUCUGGGGCCCAGUCGGCGUGCGGCAAGUAACAGCUCGUGGUGUUGUGAACAUCAAGAGUGCGUCCAGACGCUCCAAUGCCCUGCAGCCUUCUUCCCGCUUGCCGCACGUGCCCAAGGGCCCUACCGGACAGCAAGUGCGACAGCAGUACCAUUACCGUUCCAGUAGUCGCCGUCCGAGCCGCGUGGUCUCGGGAGACGUCGUGGUGCUUGGCCUGAUCUCUGUCAAUGUUGCAGUCACGAUUGCCUGGCUCCGCGCGCAGGCCCCGCCGCCCAUCCACCGGGCGCAGCGCCUGCGUAGCUUUCAACCGUCGAUGAGGACAAUGCUGACACACUUUACCACGUCGACGCAGCAUCUGCAGGAGGGCCGGUACUACACUCUCCUGACUGCGAUGUUCAGUCAAGCGACCCUAAUGCACCUGGGUUCCAACAUGAUUGGCCUCUACUUCUUUGGCCGACAGCUGUGUGACGUGCUCGGGCACAGGAAGUUCCUGGGCCUGUACCUCGCAAGCGGCGUGCUCUCCUCCGCAGCAGCCGUGCUCGAGCAGAAAUCGUCGGGCAAGUCGACCUACAACCUAGGUGCCAGUGGAGCGGUGAACGGUAUCACGGCGAUGAGCAUUCUGCUUUUCCCACAUGGGACGCUGCUGAUCUUUGGCAUCGUGCCCAUGCCGGCGUGGCUUGCAGGGUCGCUCUUUAUCUGUAAAGACGCGUACGCGUUCGUGACGGACCGACAGGAUGGCAUUGGCCAUGUCGCACACCUCAGUGGCGCCUUUGUCGGUGGCACCUACUACUACUUUCUCCGUCGCCAACGCUUCCGACGCUUCUAA